GGAGAGGGAAGCCACAUUUUCCGGGCUGAUAAGCUGAAGGUGAAUGAGACCCAUCUCCCACCUUUUGGCUGGAGCUGCUGCCAGGUGUCAUAGGCCAAGAUCCAUCAAACAGAUGGCCCCGAGGAGCCACCGCAGAGUAUCAGGAGGAAGCACAGCAGCAGAAGGAAGCUCAACAACAAGGAAGCUGUGAGUGAGCUGGACGGGGAGCUGCAGCUCCCCCGGAGCAAGACCCCUUCCCCGCCCUGUCCAGCCAGCAAGGUGAGUGGGCGUCAGCCUGCCCUCAGGGCCUCUGCCCCGCCCCUGGUCCUGACCCUGGUCCCGUCUGCUGGUGGUACAGCCUGUCCGGACUUUCCUGCACACCAUGCAGAGGAACCAGAUGCUCAUGACCCCGACCUCGGCCUCCCGCAGCCGUGUCAUCAAAUCCUUCGUUAAGCGGAACACUCCCCUGCGUGUGGACCCUAAGGAGAAGGAGCAGCAGUGCCUGGAGAACCUGCGGCGGAAGGAGGAGGCAGAGCAGCUCCGCAGGCUGAAGGUGGAGGAGGACAAGCGGCGGCGGCUGGAGGAGCUGAAGCUGAAGCGGGAGGAGCGCCUGCGCAAGGUGCUGCAGGCCCGGGAGCGGGCCGAGCAAAUGAGGGAGGAGAAGAUAAAGCAGAUUGAGCAGAGAAUUGCUCCGCCGGAGAAGAAUGAGAAGGGAUGGGCUCUGCAGGCCAAGGAGGAGCGAUUGGCUGAGGAGAAGGCCAAGAAAAUGGCAGCAGCCAAGAAGAUGGAGGUGCGCAGGAAGCAGGAGGAGGAGGCACGGAGGCUCAGGUGUCUGCAACAGGAGGAGGAAGAGCAGCAAAGGAAGAAGGAGGAAGAGGAUGAGCAAGAGCGUCUGCUGAAGGCGGCCGAGGCCAGGAGGCUGGCCGAGCAGCGGGAACAGGAACAGCGGAGGGAGCAGGAACGGCUCCAGGCCGAGAGGGAGCUGCAGGAGAGGGAGAAGGCCCUGCGGCUGCAAAAGGAGAGGGAACUGGAGGAGAAGAAAAAGGAAAAGCAGCAGCGCCUACAGGAGGAGCAGAAGAAGAAAGCCAAGGAGGCUGCAGCGACCAGCAAAGGCCCGAACACGACCAUGGACGUGCAGUCUCCAGCCCGUACCUCAUGUCCAAUGACGCCGCAGGGGCCCAGGGCUCCCCCCAAGACCAACCUGGAUAACUACGGGAUGGAUCUGAACAGCGAUGACUCCACUGAUGAUGAGUCCCAUCCCCGGAAGCCCGUCCCCUCCUGGGCCACAGGCACCCAGCUCAGCCAGGCCAUCCUCCACCAGUACUGCCACCCCCCGAACCUGCCAGAGCUCUUCGGCACCAUUCGCCAGCUUGACCUGGAGGACAUCUUCAAGAAGAGCAAGCCUCGCUACCACAAGCGCACCAGCUCCGCCGUCUGGAACUCGCCGCCCCUGCAGGGCAGCAGGGUCCCCAGCAGUCUGACCUGCAGCCUGAAGUACUGAGGCAGGCCCGCCGGCCUUCUCUCCCAUCUGUGUCUGGCUGUCCAUCCCCCCCUGGGUCUCGUGCCCUCCUCCCUUGCGUUCUGUCCCUGAGGGUUGUUCUGUAAAUGCUCUGGUGGCCCCGCCUGUGUGGAGGCUGCGCUCGGUGUGUGU